AUGGCUGGAAGACGUACAACAGCCACAUGUAUGAUGAGUUGGCGGGUCUUCGCAUAGGCCAAGUACUAGUAUUGUUUGCGAGUCUUGCAUGCCUGAUGAGUUCAUGGGCUGCUAAAUAUCUGCAAGGAUAUUCCCUGGAAUUUUAUCUCGUGUCCUUAAUUUGGUCGUUUAUAUUGUCCUCUAUGGGACUGCUUUUCCAGGUGUUGUUUGGGUCAUCCGCCACGUUAUUGGAGUCAGGCGACAAUUGUGAGGAGGGUCAACAGCCGUUCGUGGUGGAGCGUUGCUAUGUCCUGUUUCAUGUUUGCCAGUUUCGCAUGGCACGGUUUCUUCUCGCCUACUCUUUUGGGUGUCUCGCGGGCGCUCUUUGCAUUAUUGUCCCCAGGACGCAUAUUUUUGCCUCUCUUAUGGCGACUGUCACAAUUGGUAGAUUCUUGGACGCUACCUUUAUGAAGGAUCAAUCAAAGCUUACUUUGUUGUACUAUCGACGAUUUGGGUACGUGUGGUUCGGCAUUUUGGUACAUUAUCUUCUAUGGCAUUCGAUAGCAAUUCAUACUAUUCCCUAGUGGAAUACGUUGUAUCCUUAUGAGCUAGGAUUUGAAGCCGUUUCUUUUACAUAUUCAAACGUUUUGUACCAUUAAUGUCGAUUCAUCUUAUCACUUGACUC